AUGGAGGGUGGCCAGACCUCGUCGAAUCCCGCCCCCGCUGGGAACUCCAGCGACUUCGUGCGCAAACUGUAUAAGAUGCUGGAGGAUCCCUCCUACGCGUCCAUCGUACGAUGGGGUGAUGAAGGGGAUAGUUUUGUAGUCCUCGAGUGCGAAAAAUUCACCAAGACCAUCCUACCAAAACACUUCAAGCAUAGCAACUUUGCCAGUUUCGUCCGCCAACUCAACAAGUACGAUUUCCACAAGGUCCGCCAGAACAACGAGGAGAAUGGCCAGUCACCGUAUGGGCAAAACGCAUGGGAGUUCAAACACCCCGAGUUCCGAGCCAACAGCAAGGAUUCGCUAGACAAUAUUCGCCGCAAGGCCCCUGCCCCCCGCAAGCAGACCCAGACCAACGACGAGGCCGCUCCCACGCAACAAAUUGACCUGCUCAACCAACAGAUUGUCGCCCAGCAACAGCAAAUCCAACAUCUCUCCGAUCGCUAUGCUCAGCUCACAGUGGAUCAUCAGCUCAUGUUGCAGGAGGUCAUGCGGGUACAGAAGACCGUGUUGAACCACGAGAAUGUCAUUCACCAGGUCAUGACUUACCUGCUCUCGGUAGAUGCGCGCCAACGGAGGGACAGCAAGGCUCUCUCAUUCCAGGGACAGGGCGUGAGCCCGUCUCAGGUCGGGGCCGUGGACGACGAGCCAUCCUCGCCUCUCCAGCAGGCAUCGAAGCUGUUGAAUGACAUGAACUCCGAGAUGCAGUUCAACUUGGCGGCCGUGGAUCCGACGGCCAACGAUCCUACAAAGGCGGCUGCAGUCCCGGUGGCUGCUCCCCCUAUGGAUCCCACGACUCGAAAUGGGGUCGCAAUUGCUCGUCCAGUGACUACCGCACCACCAAACCCUGCGGCGAUGGUCUAUCCCAAGAUGGGCGGCGACCUGGAACAGGUGGUUUACCCUGUGGGUGCCACCAAUGGUAUCGAUCCGAUGUAUAGCGACCACGUGAAUAACGUGCCCUACCCCAUGCCCGCCAAGCCAGAGGUUGAUCCUGCUGAGGCUCGGCGCUACCAAGACAACGGCAACCGGAAGAAGACCACCCACGUCGAUCCCGGUUGGGUGCGCAGUCCGCAAAUCUUGCUGGUCGAGGACGACGCGACUUGUCGACAGAUUGGCGGCAAAUUCCUAUACUCUUUCAACUGUGUUGUUGAUACUGCGUUCGACGGUCUGGAGGCUGUAAACAAGAUGCAAGGCGGUUCGAAAUACGAUCUGAUUCUCAUGGAUAUCAUCAUGCCGAACCUAGACGGUGUAUCCGCCUGCCAUCUCAUUCGCCAAUUCGACCGCACUCCUAUCAUCGCCAUGACAUCUAACAUCCGUAGUGAUGAUAUUCAACUCUACUUCCAACAUGGUAUGGAUGACGUUCUACCAAAACCUUUCACCCGCAAGAGUCUUCUCGGUAUGCUGGAAAAGCACUUGGUGCAUCUCAAGACUAUGGCGCAGGGAAUCGAAGCUGCCCCACCUACCGCAGUAGCAGUGACAAUGGCGGCUCAAACAUCGGCCACGCAAUCAAUCAAAGAGGAUAACAGCUCCCCUGGUCAAUCUCCGGCUGGAUCGAUGAACAAUUGGCAAUCACCCGGUCAGUUCCAUGGCAUGGCGCCGGUGCCACAACCCAUAACCGCGGUCCCGGGACAGUACGUGGCUGCCCCUGGCGCACCACCGGGAGCCUAUACGGUGGACCAAAACGGCGUACAGUUCCCUGCGCCGCCCCCGGUUACUGUUCCUUCCAGCGGUGCCCCUCCUCGGCCCCAGCAUCGUCGGCAAAUGUCGGAGAUGGCCAGUGCCACAGAAAACCCGAAUGUCAAACGACAGCGCAUGUACCCUCAACCUCAACCGAUGAUGGCCGUACAAGCUGGGCGACCUGGCUAA